AUGGCUAUACAGAGGAAGCGCUUAUCGGACGGACUUACAGUUACCCAGAAAGUUUUUGUUAGAUCUCGCGGCGGAGGUGCCACGAAGAUAGUUAGAGAACACUAUCUGAGAACCGAUAUCCCAUGCCUCUCUAAGGCUUGCAAAAAGUGUGUUGAAAUCGCUGUUCCGGGUCCUGAUAAUGAGCUACCAAAGUUCGUUCUUUCUGCGGAACCUGGAGAACUCUCUACUGUCGGCAAGCAUUACGUGGUUUUAGAUGCUAACAUCGUGUUACAAGCUAUAGAUCUCCUGGAAAAUCCUACUUGCUUUACAGACGUAAUUGUCCCUCAAAUAGUACUGGAUGAAGUCAGAAAUAGGUCUUAUCCAGUUUAUACAAGGCUGCGGACUCUAUGUCGCGAUAGUGAUGACAAAAAAAGAUUCACAGUAUUCCACAAUGAAUUUAGUGAGUUCACCUACGUGGAGAGAUCCAACGAUGAAACUAUCAAUGACAGAAACGACAGAGCAAUAAGGCGCACCUGUGUAUGGUUUUCUGAACAUCUGAAACCCUACGGAAUACACGUUGUUUUGGUCACAAAUGACCGGCUUAACAGAGAGCUUACAGAAAAAGACGGAAUAAUCGCCAAGAGCUUACUUGAGUAUGUUGAUCUUUUGCCAAAUGCUGACAUUAUCAAAGACGCGCUUCCCAACCUCGAAGUUAACCGGUCUAAAGACAAAGACGUCGAGGCGAAAUCUGAGUUUAAGUUUCCAGAGUAUUACUCUACUGCAAGAGUUAUGGGGGGUAUUAGAAGUGGUGUACUUUAUCAAGGAUCCGUGCAAAUCUCUGAAUACAACUUCCUGGAAGGUUUCGUAUCGCUCCCUAAUUUUUCUAAGCCAGUGCUUAUUUUGGGCCAAAAAAACUUGAACAGAGCAUUUAAUGGCGACCAAGUCGUCGUCGAACUUCUGCCGCAGGGUGAGUGGAAGGCGCCAUCAACGGUUGCCAUAGACUCUGAGCAUUUUGAUGUAAAUGACAACGCGGAUGAAGAUGAAGAAGAAAACGUUGAAGCUGAAGUAAUAUCUGAUAAACAGCGGCGACUUUUGGCUCAAGAUGCCAUUCUAGCUCAAAAGUCAAGCAAAACACAACCAACAGCAAGGGUUGUAUCAAUCACCAGGCGUUCUUGGAGGCAAUACGUUGGCCAAAUAGCUCCUACCUCGAUUGACUUGCAAACAGGCGGCACUCAAAAUGCCUUUGUUAUCCUCAUGGACAAAUGUUUGCCAAAAAUCAGAAUCCGUACUAGACGUGCAAAAGAGCUUUUGAACAAGCGUAUUGUUAUAGCAGUCGACUCGUGGCCGGACACCUAUAAGUACCCAUUGGGACACUUUGUUAGGGAGCUCGGAGAGAUUGAAUCCGUUCAAGCCGAGACGGAAGCUUUGCUCCUGGAGCAUGACGUGGAAUAUAGACCCUUUUCCAAAAAGGUGUUGGACUGUCUCCCAGCUGAAGGUGAUGACUGGAAGGCGCCCGUGGACCUGUCUAGUCCUGAGGCUAUUGCGAAAGAUCAUCUUCUACCGAAAAGACGUGACCUCCGGGAUAAGCUUAUCUGCAGCAUUGAUCCUCCCGGGUGCGUUGAUAUUGACGACGCUCUACACGCCAAGAAACUGCCGAAUGGAAAUUGGGAAGUGGGUGUCCACAUCGCUGAUGUAACGCACUUUGUUAAGGCAAACACUCCUCUUGAUGCAGAAGGUGCUUCAAGAGGCACCUCUGUUUAUCUGGUCGAUAAACGUAUAGAUAUGCUUCCAAUGUUACUGGGUACUAAUCUAUGCUCCUUGAAGCCCUAUGUUGAUAGAUUUGCAUUCUCUGUCUUAUGGGAAUUAGAUGAAAACGCCAAUAUUGUCAACGUCGACUUCACAAAAUCAGUUAUAAAAUCAAGAGAGGCCUUCUCCUAUGAGCAAGCGCAACUUCGCAUCGACGAUGAGUCUCAAAAAGACGAACUAACUCAGGGAAUGAGGGCGCUGCUCCAGCUUUCGAUCAAGCUUAAACAAAAGCGUUUAGACGCUGGCGCUUUGAACCUGGCCUCUCCAGAAGUUAAGGUGCACAUGGAUAGUGAGACAUCCGAUCCUGGUGAGGUCGAGAUCAAAAAAUUGCUUGCCACGAAUUCCUUGGUUGAAGAGUUCAUGUUGCUUGCAAACAUCUCCGUUGCCAGGAGAAUAUACGAGGCCUUCCCACAAACUGCAAUGUUGAGAAGGCAUGCUGCACCCCCAGCGACAAAUUUUGAAACUUUGAACGAGAUGCUGCAGCUGAGGAAGGGCAUGUCUAUUUCCUUGGAAUCGUCGAAAGCGCUAGCAAAUUCCUUGGAUAGGUGUGUUGACCUUGAGGAUCCUUAUUUCAAUACACUAGUCCGAAUUAUGUCUACACGCUGUAUGAUGGCAGCUCAAUACUUUUAUGCGGGCGCAUAUUCGUAUCCCGACUUCCGUCAUUAUGGUUUGGCUGUUGAUAUUUAUACUCACUUCACAUCCCCCAUCAGACGUUAUUGUGACGUUGUUGCUCAUCGCCAGUUAGCUGCUGCAAUUGGGUACGAGCCGUUAGAUCUUAAUCACCGUGACAAGAAUAAAAUGGAUUUCAUGUGCAGGAACAUUAACAAAAAGCAUCGUAAUGCCCAGUUUGCUGGAAGAGCUAGCAUAGAGUACUACGUUGGACAGGUUAUGAGAAAUAAUGAAUCUGUUGAGACUGGGUAUGUUAUAAGGGUUUUUCAUAAUGGUAUUGUGGUGCUGGUACCCAAAUUCGGUGUUGAAGGCCUCAUAAGAUUAGAAAACCUUACAGACGACGAGCCAUCAGCUCAAUUCAAAGCUGAGGAGUUCAAGUUAAGUUUCACACCAAAGGGAGCCGAGCAGAUCAAAGAUGUUUACAUCUUUGACAAAGUUAGUGUCCAAGUAAAAUCCGUUUUAGACCCUGUUACCAGUAAACGUAAGGCUCAACUGCUGCUGGAGUAG